AUGCCCUCUACAACCCUCCCCACGCCCACACCCGAUGAACUCGACGACCUCAUCUACUUCACACGCACCGGGGACCUGGAAAGCCUGAUGUCCCUGGUCGCGCAGCUUUGCAGCACGCACAAGUGUCCGCCGUCGGUCCUACUCGCCUCGUCCAUCGACAUCGACGCCGAUGGGCUCGGCUCGCAGUCGUCGCUGCUGCACUACCCCGCAGCGAACGGGAACCUCGAGAUCAUCACGCACCUGCUGUCGCUGCUCGCGCCGUCCGAGUCGCUCGGCGCCUCCCCCUCUGCGACGACGGCUGACAAGUCCGCGCCCUCGCUCGUGAACCACAGGAAUGUGUCGGGGAAUACACCGCUCCACUGGGCGGCGUUGAACGGGCACUUGGAUGUGGUUCAGGCGCUGGUCAAGGCCGGCGCCGAUCCAACCAUCGUCAAUGAAGCUGGGCGGGAUGCCCUGGUGGAAGCGGAGAUGAGUUCGAAGGAGGGGGCAAAAGAAUGCGCGGAGUGGAUGUUGAGGCACUGCGAAGGCUUCGAAAAAGGCGUUAAUGACGACGGGACCGGGGUGGGUGGCAGUGGCAGCCAGGGGGUGGAAGAGGAGGGCCAGAGCACAGAUGACGUCCGACUGGAUGAAGAUGGCGAGAAGCCAGACACUGUUGUGAGAAACGGGGAGCAGAAAGAGACGUGA